AUGGCUGAAGCAAAACCCAAAAUCUUGAAGCCCAAGUCAAAGAAAAAUGUCAAGUCUUCAAGAGAACCCAUACCCACACCUGUUCCUUCUCUAUCAAUAUCCCCUACCAUACCUACCUUAUCCUCCCCUGCUCAUACUGCUCCUAUUCUUGUUAUUCCCAUAUCCACAACACCUCCUCCUUCAAAAUCCAUUACCCAUACACCUGAGUUUCCUACAAAAAAUAUCUCUAAGAGGGCAAAGGUCAAAGCAACUUCAAGAAAACCUGUCAAGAAAAUGCAUGAGGCUAAUACGUUAGUUGUUUUGGCUUCUGCUAUUGCUGUUGCACCCCUAGAUACUACCAGUAGAGAAAUUCAUGCCAAUAAAGAAGGAAAGAGUGAGAAUGAGGUAGUAACUAUAGAUGAUAAGGAGAGUGAUACAGAGGAUAAGAUAAGUGAAGAGGCUAAUAAUUCUGCAGAAGAAAAAAAUAUGAGUGAAGAAGAGGAGGUUUCUGAAAGUGAGGGAGAUGAUCAAGAAAAUAUGGGUGAGAGUGAAGAAGUUAAUGACGAGAGUGAGGAAGAUAAGGGAAUGAGAGUGAGGAAUCUAAAGGCUCUAUGA